AUGGAGUUUUCGACUGCAGUAAAACCACAGUCAUUAUAUACUCCAAGCUGGAAGAUUGAGAGCAAUUACUCAACCAGGGUGCUCAUUGGAAACUGGGUGGAAGAGAGGAGGAAGUUCACCAAAGCCACUGAGAAGACACCCCAGUGCAUUUACAGGAAAGAGUACGUCCCAUUUCCUGGCCACAGACCAGACCAGAUCUCCAGGUGGUAUGGGAAGAGGAGAGUUGAGGGGCUCCCGUACAAGCACCUGAUCACCCACCACCAGGAGCCCUCCAGCCGCCACCUGAUCAGCAUGUAUGACGACCAUUACAACCGGCAUAAUUACAACCCGGGCCUGCCCGCUCGCCGCUCCUGGAAUAAACACAAGUUGCUGUGGCUUCCAGAGAAAGACGACCUCCCCCUUCUGGCGCCCCCUACAAACUACGGGCUCUAUGAGCAGCUGAAGCAGAGAUGGCUCGCACCCGAGGCCCGCCUGAGAGAGAGCACCUACACUCUGUCCUACCCCAGGCCACCGCUGUGCGCUCUGUCCCGGCGGGAGCACGCCAUCCCGGUCCCGCCCCAGCGCCUGCGCCCGGCCCCACGCUUCUGA